AUGCAGUCCCUGCCCAUGGAAGUGGGCAGCAGCAGCAGCAGCUCAGCUCCCAGCGACACAUCUGGCUCGAUGGUGCAGGUGUGCUUCCCCAGCGCUCAGGCCUCAGUGCUGGACAGCCUGAACCGGCAGAGAGAGGAGGGCAGGCUCUGUGACCUCUCCAUCCACGUCCAGGGACAAGUCUUCAAGGCCCACCGCUGCGUCCUGGCCGCGUCCUCGCCCUACUUCCACGACCAGGUCCUACUGAAGAACAUGUCUACAGUCUCCAUCCCGGCGGUGAUGGACCCCCUGGCGUUCGAGAGCGUGCUGAGCUGCGCCUACACCGGUCAGCUCCGGAUGCUACGCGAGGAUAUCGUCAACUACCUCACGGUGGGCAGCGUCCUGCAGAUGUGGCACAUUGUGGACAAAUGCACGGAGCUGCUGAAGGAGGGCCGAGCUGCAGCCGGAGGAGGGAGCAGUGGAGGAGGUGGUGCGCAGGACAGAGCCAGCGUCGGAGGAGGAGCGGGGUCGGCUAACCCCGGGUGCAGCAGCAGUAAUGGCGACGGUGGUGCAGCUGGUGGUAAUGGAGCUGGUGGUGAUGGUGCUAAUGGUGGUGGUCAAGCUCAGGUCGUGGAGUCCAACGAGCCCCAGCGUGCCUCUCAACCUCCCAGCCGCCCGUCCGUGAGCGAGAGCCAGUCUCCCAGCAGCACCAACUACUUCAGCCCCAGGGACGGGAGCAGUUUUGGGGGAGGCGGUGCAGCUGCAGCUGGGGCUUCAGUGGACGGAGGUGGGGCUAGCAACACCCCCAGCUACUGCACCCCAUCUGGAGGGGAGGAGGCCUUUCUUAUUGAGGAAGAGGAGGAGGAAGUAGAGGAGGAAGAGGAGGAGGUGCUGUACCACCAGAGGAAGAGAGGAAGAGGAGGAGGCAGCGGGAGGAGGAAGAAAAUGAGCUCAGUGUCAGAGCAGGAAGUCGGGGUCAGCGACAGCUUUGGUGUGUCCUCCUAUCAGGAUGGGGAGGAUUCAGCGUUGCCGUCUCAGAAGCGUCCCACCUACAGCCAGCCCAGCAUCAUGCCUCGCAAACAGUGGGUGGUGGUGAAAACCGAACGCACGGAGGACGACGACCUCAUCGUAGUGUCCGGGGAGGAGGGAGGAGAGGACGAGGAGGACGAGGAUGAGAGGGAAGUGGAGCUGACCAGAGAGAGGGAGAGAAGCGACUUCAACAUCUCCAACGUCAGGAGCCUUUCAGCCGAGCUGGGAGGCCGAGCCGAGAACGACAUGGACUCACAGAUGGACUACUGCCAGUCUUCAGAAGACUACCUCAAGUUCGAAGGCAGUUUAAUGGACCAGACGUUAGCGCAGCACCUUCAUGACAGCGCUGCAGGUCAGAGCCAGAGCGCCAACCGUGCCGUUUCAGCUCUGCUGGGCCAGGUCCAGUCUGCAGCCACGGCCCGGGCCCAGCUCUUCCCCCUGGACAUGCAGGGGAACCAGAUCCUCCUCUACAGCCAGGCCUCCGGACUCUCUCUGGACGCUGCCGCCCCUCCCCUGGGGAUGGCUGGUGGUAUGAUCGGAGGAGCCUCUUUCAAAGGUCCCGGUCUGGAGCACGGUGCGGUCCACCUGUCGGUGCAGAGCGGUUUGGGAGCUGAUGGCAUGGACAGUGGGGGGAUUGGAGGUGGGAGUGGCAGCAGUGGCAGCAACAGCAGCACCGGGGGUUCAGGGAAAGUGUUCAUGUGCCACUGUGGGAAGACCUUCACCCACAAGAGCAUGAGGGACCGCCACAUUAACAUGCACCUGGAUCUGAGGCCUUUCCACUGCCCCGUCUGUGCCAAGAAGUUCAAGAUGAAGCAUCACCUCACAGAGCACAUGAAGACGCACACAGGCCUCAAGCCGUACGACUGCCUCGGCUGUGGCAAGAAGUUCAUGUGGCGCGACAGCUUCAUGAGGCACCGCUCGCACUGCGAGAGGCGCAGCGGCCUGGGGGAUGGCGGGGAAGGUGGGAGCAGCGGCGAGGGAGGGAGAAGAGGGGGAGGUGGAGGUGAGGAUGGGCCUGAUUUGAUUUCCUCCCCUCACCUCCUCCUGUCUGCAGGCGAAGGAGGUCAGGGUAAUAUUCUGGGAGGAGGAGGAGGGAGAGGAGGAGUGUCUGUUUCUUCUCCGCAUCUUUCCGGCGCUGUUCUGUCACCGCAGCACGGCGGCGUCUCGGCCACAGGAAGCAGCAGCAGUAACAACAGUGUGAGUAACAGCAGCAGUGCUGCUCUGACCAACAACGUGGCCGCAGGGGCGCUUCUAGGAGUGGUCUCUCAGAGUCCAGGUCAGGGUCAGGGAUCUGGGAUGUUCGGUGGUCUAGGGCUGGGCCGAGGUGUGUGUGAUGAAGACGUGUGUGAAGUCAGUGCCAAUGACAGCAGCGUGACUUAAACCAAAAUUGUGUGUCAUGUCCAACGGGUGCCUCUUGGUGAGCUCGGUUCCUGCUGCUGUUUUUGGAAGGAUUGUAAAAAGAAGUGCGGUGCUCCUCUGAAACACCUUUAACUGCCAACACUCAGCGUUUCAAGCAGGAAGUGUGUACUGUGUAAAGAAUGGGGAGAUCAGGUGAGGCUCCUGUUGGACACACAACCUAAAGAACCUGUAGGUGUUUACAGAAAAAUGACACUUUGAGAUUCCAGUCGACUGUUGUGGUGUGAAGUUUCUCAGAUAGACUUGUGGUUUUGCUGAUUCUAUCUGAAGUUAUCUGCAGUUCUUGUACCGCAAGGACUUUAGGAAACUUGCCUCCGAAAAGUGGCCUCAUAAAAAAUGGACCUUUUGUCUCAGUGAGUAAGCUAUUGUUUUAAAUAUCUAAGAUGUUAUCAAAGUUUUAUUUUUUUGUUCUUGUGGAAGAAUGUGUGCGUGUCGAGAGGAAACCAAAAAUGAAAAGACAGUGCUUCACUAACAGUUACCUUCUGUGGCAACAUUAUAGUAUCAGUAGAGUAGAAAAAUGGCUGUUCUAAAUUGCUGUGAUCUUCUGCAGUAUUGUAUUGUGAUUUAUUGCUGUAAUCAGAAGAAAAACACAAAUCUGCAGGAGAAUAUAGAAAAGAAAGAAAAGAUUCACACAGAGACGCUGAUGUUUUCAGAAAAUAGGUACAAGGAUUUUAACAGAUUUCAAAGCUUCAGGCCUCGUGAAGCUCAGACAAUUUAAACGUUGCAGGUUUGUGUUUUUUAAAUUCCUCAGCAGCAGCAGUGAUCAUCUUUUCCUGCCUCAGUGCCCCAUGUAACAAACUGUCAGCACUGCCAUGUUGUUUUAGAUGAUACUACGGUGCUGCUUUGCCUAAAACUCAUCUUGGAUCACAAUUGAGGCACAAUCAUUUAUCCUCAUCACAAGGGAAGCCUGAUAGACCCCCGACAUGUGUACAGGGAAGGAUGUUCACCAGACGGGAACAGUUGUGUCUGUUGGCUGCUCAUUCAUUCGCCAGUUUUGCUGCUGUUACCUGCUUUCACUUUCUUACUUUAUCACUCAGAGUUCUCGUGCUUUGAGGAGUAUAUUAUUCUUACUGUAAAUAUAUAGAGGUAUACUGUAUGUCAUCAGACCUGGAACAGAUACUAACUUUAAAUACUGAUGCGUUUGCUGCCGUCUGGUUUUGCUUUUGGAAAGAGUUGAUCGGUUCAAGAGAAAGUUUUUGAAAUUGUUCUGCACUGAGUUUCCCAGAAACUAUCCAGACAUAUUGUAUGAUGCAUCUUAUCGAGAAGCAUCAAGGAGGCUUUGGGACACCUGGUGCUGGUAGAUGGUAAUUUUAUCUAAGCUAUACAGUGUAUAGUGUGUAUACCUCCUCUGAAUGGUUGAAGUAGAUUUUGAACAAGUUAUGGACCCAAUUGAAGAGAAAACCUCCUUUUUCAGUAGCACACAAACAAGUCACUUAUUUUAUUCUUUUUACUUGACGACAUUUUGCUAUGAAGAGUGCUCUACGUUUCAUUUUCCUCUUUGUGUAGAAUCACUUGACUUCAGUUUGCAGUAUUUUCCACUGGUGUUUUUUUUCUAGUAGUUUUAGAAGCAUCAUUGAGUUGUGAAGGUCCUGACCUCCCCGGGAGUUUAUAAAUGUUAAGAGAACGUUUGUCUUUGUAUUGGUAAAAGAGCCAAGCAGUGUUUCUGUCUUUCUUCAUAUUUAUCAGCAGUGGUUUUGGUUUUCGUCCUUGUCUUGGUGACUAUGUUAUGAAGAGGACACUUGUUUGAAACAUAAGCUAAAGACUGGUUUGGUUGGUUUUUUGUCUCCCACUGUUUAACCACUGCUGAAUAAAUAUUUGGGGAGAGACUGAACUGCAGAUAGUUUUGGUGCCAAUUUAUUUAUGGGAGCUCAGGACUUGAAGUUCAUCUUUGUUUACUCACAAAAACAAAAAUGUUCUUUCUCUUAAGAUGCCUGAUUGAAAUACAGGUACGUUUAUUUUGAACCUCAUAUACAGGUAACCUCAUAGUUUCUCUUUUACAGUUCUCCACUGAACACAAAGUUCACGCUCUGUUUGGACUCUGCUGUGGUUAAAACACACUAUUAGUUCUGUGCUGUACCUAUACUGGGACUGUUGUAGACAUAAUAUCAGCACUCUGUGAUGCAUUUAGGGACCAUACUGAACAUGUGCUGGUACAACUACUGAAAAGACACCGUGGCAGGCGUAAUUCACCACAGAGAGUGCACAGUUUAAAUACUGUACUGCCUUUGUUUUUCCAUUAAAACACAGAAUAGGUUUUGUUUGUGAAGAAGGUCGUGUUUGUCAUUUGUUUGUCGACGUGUUUUAUGAAUGGGAUGUUAGGUUCAGGUGCCGUUACCAGCACGUUGACCUGCUCCUUCAACACUGAUUAUUCCUGUUUCUGUCGAUCUGACAGUGGAAACAAAACAUAUAGUGCUCACAUCAUUCUCAAACAAACACCUUUUUAAAACCUACUGUGCUGAUAAGUAUAUUUACACCGUGGAAAACGCUCACUUCUGUUUGACUGGUAAUUAAAAUGUAGUAUUAGGAAACUUAAAAUAUAAAUAAAUGCUAAAAAAUACAGCUUAAAGUAAAAACAUAGCUUUUUUAUGUCGUGUUUGUUUUUGUUUUGUCGUUGUUUGUAUAAGUGGCCACAGUAGAAGCUAAUAAAUGAUACAUUCCUAUUUCUGUCCAGAUACAGAAACUUACAGACCCAUUAAAAGAAACACUCUAACGUCAAAGUUGUUGUUUACGUUUUAGGUGUAAAAUAAUCUCCCAUCCCCCACAGGACAGAGCUGUUGAUCAUUAUUAGCACCUGAAGAGAAGAGGAAUAUAAUCAGCAGUUUAGACUGAUUUUCUUUCAUCAGGACACCAUAUUGUGCAUUAUUGCUGAUACUUGUUAUCAUAGCAUUAGUUUCAACAUGUUAUUCAGAUGUAAUCUAAGUGUAAAAAUCUGAUUCAUUUUAAAAGAAAAACUACGUAAUUCAACAAAAUAUAACUCAAGUCAAGGUUUGUGAAGAUAUGUAGCUGCAUUAUUGUUUCAGUCUUAUCUCUAACAUACUGUAACCAAAUCAAACUGUAUAAAUCAUACUUCAGUGUGCCGGUGUAGCUACAGCACAGGACAAUUAGCAGUGGAAUAAAUAUCACACGUGACCUCUUCAACAUUUUGCAUGCCUUCAGAGAUGUUUUACAUUUCCAGUCACAUAAAGCAAAGCUAUGGAGGAUCUGAAUGUUUUACCUUCUGUGAAGGUUUGGAUGUUUUUAUUAUGCAGGUUUGGAGCUUGGUCUAAGUGAACGGACUGUUGGCUUUUGUAUGUGUUCAGUGAUCUGUGAGGUGUGACCUCCAGUGUUUCCUCUGUGACUCUGCUCCAGUUGUUGUGGUAAUUUUGGUUUCACAUCUGUUCCUGUUUGUUUGCUCCACUGAUCGACUACAGAGCUGCAGAGAAAACACUGGAUGUGUAUCAGAGCAGAGUGUGUGAGACAUGUGUCUAAUGUUUUUCUUAGGUGUGGACUUCACCACAUUUGAAGUGUGCCAACACUCUAAAGCUUUUAAACAUUCAUAUAUAGAUCAUUUUCACUGAGAGUGAAUGUACAUGAACAAGAUGAGCACAUUUAUUUGUUGUUGUUUACUCAUCAAUAACGGGAACACAUGAGGAGACAGAAGGGUUUUGUGUUCAGAGAAGGCUCAGUCAGAAAUGUGUGAAUUCUUAGUCUCUACCUGUGAGCAGGAGAAGACAGAAUAAUCAGUUUUUUUAAUAUCUAGUAAUUAAAGAAAGUACUACUGGUCAGUCCUCCACCUGUGUCAGGUUUAACCCUCUUCACAGGAAGGUGAAACUUGGAUUUAGUAAAAGAGCAGCAGGAGUUACAUAUGACUUUAUAAUAUGCAGCUGUGCACUGCAAGAAUAACCAUUUUAUCUAAAUCCCUCAAUUUAUAGGAGACUUACCCAAAUUUGUAAAUUGUUAUGAUAUAAAAAUUUAGCAUACAGCUGCCUGGAAGUAUAUCUUAUCUUCUGAUGCCUAAUUUAUGACAAAAUAAAUAAAAAACCAAAGAGAAUUUACAUUUUUUAUUUGCUAAAUGCUCCCCUGGUGGCCUCAGCUGGCUCUUCUUCACAUGUUCUGACUCCAGGCUUCACACGUCUUAUUCUGAAUAAUGGAUUAAAAUGACCAUUGUGUGAUUUAUUGCUCUGUCUCCAGCAGCUCUGCAGCUUCACCUGCUGCUGCACCAACACACUAAAACACUUUCUGACCAACAACAGAAAAUAAAAAACAACCAAAUGGUAUCUUUAGCUCUGUAUAGAAGAGUUCGACAUUCCUGUAUUGAUAGAAAUAUAAAGAUGGAAGGAUCAGCUCGGAGAACUCAAAGCUGCUGCUGAAAACUAGACUUGAGGGUUUUUUAUUAUUAUUUUUGUACAUUACACAACUUCCUACAUGUCUUCAGAUGGACCAGUUGAUUGUUGAACAGAAAACGACAGCUGUCAAUAGACAUUUUUAUGUAACUCCUGAGUGAAACUAAUAAUGUAAGAAACUGCAGUACAUUAAUAUUCACUGCUGCCCUGUAUCAAAAAUAAUGGAUUAAUAAAUUAUUUGGUGCAAUUAA